UAUUGGUUAAUCCUUGAAAAUCGGCGAUUUUCAAUUAGCAACUAAAGGAAUUACUUGAACAUUAUCUUUGGUUGAAAAUGUUUUCCAAUCCACGAGAAUCCGGAAAAUUUAUAUCUGCUAAUGCAGAACAUAUAAAAAUAUUGCCGGAAGGUGUGGAAAAGUUCGGAGCUGAAUUGGCGAAAGUUAUCAAUUCAGGAGAAUUAUCUGUAGAGAAUUUUGGUCAAACAGCUGUACACCCAACUGCCAAUGAUCCAUUUGCUUUGGAUUGGAUAUUUGUGGUAGAUACAUUAAAUUUUUGUUUCUGGUCCCGUGAGAAUGAGGAAGGAUGGAAAGUGGAUGGAUAUACAGGCUAUUAUGCAUUAUGUGCAGCUAUCAACCGGGCAAUGAAAGAGGGCAUUGAUAUAUCAAAUCCUAAAUUCUAUUCCACAAUAACUGAAGAACAACUGUCUAAAGUAUUGCGCAGUGAUAAUGAUGUUCAUAUUCCUCUAUUUAAGGAAAGGUUGAGAUGUUUGCAUGAAGUUGGUGAAGCACUGCUCAAGAAUUUUGAAGGAUCUUUUGAAAAUGUUGUAAAGAAAGCUGAUAAAAGUGCUGCUAUCUUGCUUAAAAUAGUAGUUGAUAAUUUUCCUUGCUUCAGAGAUCAAGCCACAUUCAAGGGGAAAAAUGUGUCCAUACUCAAAAGAGCACAAAUUUUAAUUGGAGAUAUUUGGGCAUGUUACCUUGGAAAUGGUAUUGGUCACUUUAAUGAUAUUGAAGAGAUCACAAUGUUUGCUGAUUAUCGAGUACCUCAAACUUUGUUAUAUUAUAAUGUUCUAGAAUAUAGCAAGGAAUUAUUAGAAAAAUUGAAUACAGGCAAUAUAUUAGAAAAUGGAGAUGAAAUGGAAGUAGAGAUCAGAGGGUGCUCUAUACAUGCAGUAGAAUUAUUAAAAGAAGUAGCUAUAAAGAAAAUUGAUAAGGAUAAGAUCAUAAAUAGUAUUUUGAUAGAUCAUUUCUUGUGGGAUUUCCGAAGAAAACACGCCCAAGAGAUAUUAACAAUGAAAUUACCUUUUCAUAAAACAUUUUCUAUAUAUUAUUAA